UCUCGGUUUAGGGUAUUAUUUGGUUUUCGAGACCACUGCUACCCUCCUCUUUAUUUCAUCGCAUCUCCAAUUGGAGCGGAGUCCCGGAGUUGGCAGGGAACGCCGGGCUGCUCGAUGACCGGCAUCCUUCAAGGACUCAAACACAAGCACUGAAGACAUGGUUUUUAUCAUCCCAUUGCAGUAUAAAGUUUGCAGAUUCUUAAGCCUGUUGGUGAAGCUCUUCUUAUGGCAACAGCAGAUGCUGCCCCUGGUUCAUUAGGUCCGCAGUAUGCACCUGAUGAUCCGACACUUCCAAAGCCAUGGAAAGGUUUGAUCGAUUCGAACACUGGCUUCUUAUACUAUUGGAAUCCAGAAACUAACAUUACACAAUAUGAGAAACCUGCUACAUCUAUUCCUUCACUGCCAACUAGCGCUCCCCCUUCAAACUCCAUGCAUAAGAUUGCUCAGGAAUCUGGGCUUCAAACACAGCCACAACAACAGCCUAGCCAGCCAUCAUUUCAGCAGAAAAGCCAGUUAAUUGAGCAGCAGCAGCUGCAGCAGCAACAGCAACAACCACCACCACCACAACAAUCACAAGAACCUUCAACUCAACAUCUUCAAGUUCAGCAUCCUCAUGGUCAGCAAGUGCUACUUCAGAAUACCCAAAUGUCAAUUCAUCAGUCACAUCAAUUGCCAAUUCACCAGAUGGCACCACAAACAUCUCAACAAUAUUUGCCAAUUAAUUCACAGGAUGGUCCAUAUCAGCAUGUUCCUUAUCUCCAAGGGUUGUUAGUGCAACCACCCAUGGUUCAACAACAACAUGGAUUUCAGUUUUCUCGCCAACAAGUACAACAUUUACAAGGUCCGCCAAUGACUUAUCAGCAGGGGCAGCAACCACAAGGUUCACAAGAGUUGAAAAUUCCAAAUCAGCAACAGCAGGGCCAGCAAACACUCGGGUCACGGACUCCACCUCCACAAGGAUAUCAGGUUUUGCAUCAGGAGACCCAACAUGCUAUACAAGUUGUACAACUACAAAGUCAACAGUCACAGGGUCUUCAGAAUGGAAACCAACAGUCACAACAGUCACAAGGGCAGCAACACAGGUUUCCUAGGAUGGAAGAUGCACUGCAUCAGGAGGGAAAACUAGGCAUACUUCCCUCGUCUGGUGUUGCAUCAGCUGGUCAUCACCUGCCAGAUUUGGUUCCUCAGGUGGGUAUUCCAUCUGGGGUUGGCUGCACUUCUCAAUCACCUAAUCAUCUCGGUGGAACUAGUAUGCAAAACAUUUCACCUUUUCAGGCACUGAAUACAGGAAUAGAAGCAAAUUUUGGGAUACAACAACAGAGAGGCACUGCAAUUUCAAAUCCAUCAUCUAAUCCAAUUGUUCGACCUCCGGUAAAUGGAAAGACAAUGUUUGAAGAGGCUGAACCUGAAAUUCCAGGAAAUGAAUUUUAUCCUCCUGCUAAACUGGAAAGAUCAAUGAUGUACCCACAUCAACCAAGGCUUGCUGCUCUUCCCAUUCCAAAAAACCAUUCAGGUCCAGGUUUUCGUCCUCACUUUGAUGGACCAGGUCUCUCAGUUGGAGUGGGCAUUAGUUCACAAAAUGCACCACCAAAUAUGCAUGAUCAUACUGCUAUUCAUAAUGCAAGUGUAUUGCGGUCAUCGCCAGGAAUGUUGGGCCCAUCAGAUUUUCACAAUGUUUCUGUCGCAGAUGCAUACAGGAAGCAUCACGAAAUUACUGCAAUGGGAAAUGAUGUUCCUCCACCAUUCAUGACAUUCGAAGCCACUGGUUUCCCUCCAGAGAUUCUCAGAGAGAUGCAUCUGGCUGGAUUUUCAUCUCCAACACCAAUACAAGCACAAACAUGGCCUGUUGCUUUACAGAACAGGGACAUAGUUGCAAUUGCCAAAACUGGUUCUGGCAAAACACUAGGUUAUCUUAUACCUGCAUUCAUUCAUCUGAGAUGUUGCCGAAAUAAUCCUCAGUUUGGACCAACUGUAUUGGUUUUGGCUCCAACUCGGGAGCUUGCUUCUCAAAUACAAGAUGAGGCUCUUAAAUUUUGCCGCUCUUCAAGGAUUUCUUGUGCAUGCUUAUAUGGAGGAGCUCCAAAAGGUCCUCAACUGAAAGAGAUUGAACGAGGAGCAGAUAUUGUAAUUGCAACUCCGGGUCGCCUCAAUGAUUUCCUUGAGAUGAAGAAAAUCAGCUUCCGUCAAGUUUCCCUUCUGGUUCUUGAUGAAGCUGACCGCAUGCUUGAUAUGGGUUUUGAACCACAAAUUAUGAAGAUUGUGAAUGAGAUCCCUCCUCACAGGCAAACUCUUAUGUAUACGGCAACUUGGCCAAAGGAAGUGAGAAAAAUAGCCAAUGAUCUGUUGAAGAAUCCAGUUCAGGUGAAUAUUGGCAAUGUUGAUGAACUUGUUGCAAACAAGUCAAUCACUCAGCAUAUAGAGGUUGUUGCCCCAAUGGAUAAACAGAGGCGCUUGGAACAGAUUCUUGGAACUCAGGAACGUGGAUCUAAGAUCAUUAUAUUCUGUUCAACAAAGAGGCAGUGUGAUCAGCUGGCCCGUAGUCUAGGGCGAGCAUUUGGUGCCGUGUCCAUUCAUGGUGACAAAUCUCAAGGUGAAAGGGAUCAUGUUCUAUCCCAAUUCCGUACUGGCAGAGCUCCAAUUCUAGUUGCCACCGAUGUUGCUGCCAGGGGACUUGAUAUCAAAGACAUCAGGGUAGUUAUCAAUUUUGACUUUCCUACUGGGAUUGAGGACUAUGUUCAUAGGAUUGGAAGGACAGGGAGGGCUGGUGCUACAGGUGUAGCAUAUACAUUCUUCACUGACCAAGAUUGGAAGCAUGCUGGUGAUCUUGUAAAAGUUCUUGAAGGUGCAAAUCAGCGAGUUCCUCUUGAGAUUCGUGAGAUGGUUGGUCGUGGUGGCCCUCUGCUGUCCAGGUCUCGUAAUGAACCCAAUCGUUGGGAUACAGGUGAAGGCAAUGGUGGUGGUGGUGGUGGUAGGUGGAAUUCUAGAGGUGGGCGCGGAGGUGGGCGCGGUGGCGGCAUGAGGGAUGGUCCUGGUGGCUUUGGUGGGCGUGGCAGUGACAUGAUGAGGGAUGGUCCUGGUGGCUUUGGUGGGCGUGGUGGGAGGCAAGAUUUCUUUGGUGGUCGUGGGCCUAGAGGUCGUGGGUUUGGUGGGCCAGGUGGACAUGGAGGUCGGGAUCGGUAUGAAUGGAGUCCACAUGAUCGAAGCCUAAAUUCGGAUGGAUGGAAGCGUUAUGAUGGACAUAAUAGGGGAUUCGGAGAAAGGAGAAGGGAGAGAAGUUAUAGCCGUAGUCCAGAGAUGGUUCGGACAUGGGGUUAUGAUAGAAGCAGAGGCGGAAGUAAAAACAGGAGUCCAAGCCGCAGUCGGAGUCGGAGUCGGAGUCGGAGUCGGAGUCCGAGUCAGAGUUGGUCAUCAAGAAGCAGGAGUAGGAGUAGGAGUAGGAGUAGGAGCCGUGAGAGGGUUAAGAGGCCUAGUGGCUGGGACUCUACUCCCGCUACUGGUCUCUUUGCAACACCAGGUCAUGAACCUCCAACUAAUCUUGGUGUAGCUGCAGCUGAAGCUCCACAUGUUACUGGACCGGCAGAUGCACUUGCACCUUCACUGGUCGCAGGGCCUGAACCCAAUUCAAUUGGCUCAGGGCCUAUGUUGCCGAUAUCAUCUGGAUAUGAUAAUGGAUCUUUAUCGAGCAAUGAACUGCCAGGACAAUUUCCAGGGCCGGACAGUGGGAGACUCAGGGAUGUCAAGCACCUCAACUAGUACUGAGUAGUCAGUCAUUGAGCUACGAAUGGAUUGUGUUGAAUUGUGACCCCUAUGGGGUUUCAUGCAGUUUUUUUUAUUGCUACUGGAAAACUUCACUUUGUAUACUAAAAGUCAAAUUUUUUGAUAGGUUUAGAGGAAUCCUCACGGCAUUUUUGUUGUCGGAAAUGUAAGAUCGCAUGUGUUAUUUUUAUUUUUGUUUUCUUGUAUAAACUGAUUUUAGCUGAUUAUUGUUGAACGCCCUACUUGGAUUGUUCUGCCCA